AUGACUACCGGCAGCUGCUUCUGCGGGAACAUCAAAAUCUCGUACUCGGGCGAGCCGGCUAACCAGGCUACCUGUCACUGCCUCGAUUGCCGCAAGAUCAGCGGGAGCACCUACAGCACCAACCUCAUUGUGUCCGAAGACGGGUUCAAAGUCACCCAAGGCACUACCAAAACCAUCAGCAAAACAGGUGACAGCGGAAACACCAUCACCAGCCACUUCUGCGGCGAUUGCGGGACAACCCUGUAUCGCGAGACCGGGCUGUUCGCGGGCUCCAAGAUUGUCAAGGCGGGUGUCCUCGACGACUAUGACGCGCUCAACAAGGCCAAGCCGGCUCUUGAGCUGUACACUAAGCACCGUGUGAAUUGGGUGCCCGAAACGGCCGGCGCUCAGCAGACCUAG